ACUUCGAGUCUCAUGUCGGACCCAAACAAAACGCCACGUCUCUAAUCUCUCGUCCAAUCACGUCGUUGCGCUGUUCAUCGUUUGGUCUCGCACGUGGCAAAGUUUUCUCCAAACGUGUCGACGUAACAAGUUUGUUUUCUUUAUAUACACACCAAACACUUCUUCUCUAACAAAACAAACUUGUUUGUUAGACAAAACAUGAAUUUCCGGGGAGGUUGUUGUAUUGCGAGGUACGGUGGUGGUGGUGGUGGAAAUGAUAUGUCGAAGGUUGAUCGGAUUAUGCUCCGGUACCGUCCGAUUGCACCGAGACCUGAUUCCGGUGGAUCAUCUGCUUCACCGACGGAGAAGAAUGGAUCGGCGUUAACGAACGUUUCGUCGAAAUCACGGAGAGGUAAGAGAAAAUAUUCAAAGGAGAAUAAUAGUAGCAGUAGCGGAUCCGUUAAUAGUAACGGUAACAGCAAACGGCGGAGAAACGAAGAGGUUAAGAAUGGAUCUGGUGUCGGUGGAGAGAUCGUGACGUUGCCUCUUCUCCCGGAGACUCCUGAGAAGAAAGACUCGCCGUUAGAGGCUACGGCGGCGCCGGCGUUAGGUGCGGCGUCGUUCUGGCUUAACUCUAACAGACGUUAUCAGACGGAGUUAGUGACGGAAACGGUUGUGUCGUCGGUGUUGACGGUGGAGUGUGUAACGGAGAGAUUGAUGGAGGGAGAGUAUGAGUUAGGGUGUACGGACGAGGAGAUUAAGAUGAAUUUAGAGAGAGACACGUGUCCCAGUUUUAUAUCGGACGGUUUAGGGAGAGUCAUUUGGACGAACCGGGCGUACCGGGAAUUGGUGGUUGGGAAAGAUCAUGAGCAGUGUGGUAAGAUGAGUGUGUGGUUAGUGAUGAAGGAGAGGCCUUUGGUAACGUACCGGACUUUUACGUGUAGAAUGAGAUUACAGUACACGUGUCGUGAUAAGGAGGUGAGUUCGAUUACUUCGUUUUGUGAUGUUUGGAGGAUGAGUGACGGUGGUUUUGCGUGGCGGCUUGAUGUUGAUGCUGCUCUUUGUCUCGGACGGUGAGGUUUUGGGCCGGUGGAUUAGAGAUGAUGUUAGAUUGAUGACAUGAGGAUAUUUAAUAACGACAUGCAAGUUAG